UUACAACUCAUACCACAACCAUUUCACUUCUUUCUCCCUCAAUUUAUCCGCUCUAGUCUCGUUCUAAGUAUGCUCUGUGGUUGCGGAUAAAUCCGAUCUUCCACAUCAGGAAGAAUUACUAGAGUUUGACCCUAAAGCCCCCGUCCCGUCCCGCUAAGUGCUGGAGGGCUGGUAUUUAUACUAAAAUAUGCCUAAUGUUCACCGUUUUGGUCAAACACGGUGAACACCAUCACCGCGUUUGUCUCAAACGGUGAACAUUAGGUAGCUCAUACCUAAUUUUCACCUAACAGGGGUUGAAAACGUGCCUAAUGUUCACCGUUUUAACCUAGAACGGUGAUAUAUUCACCGUUUAGGCUUAAACGGUGAAUUAUUCACCGUGCUUGUCAAACGCGGUGAUAGCCUUCACUGCGUUUAUCAAAAACGGUGAAUACCAAACAUGUGUAGUUUUGGAAUUUUUUUUAUAACUUAUGUAUUUUGGGAAUUUUUUUUAAGAACAUGUGUACUUUGGGAUUUUUUCCAAAAAUUAAUGUCCAAUGAAUAGGAUAAGGAAAAUGGAGAUGAUGACAUUGAUUGCCCUACAAUCAGAAUUAAGAAAUGAAAUAGCGCAAGGAUUGGUAACUUAUGGCGUCGAGCCAUUUCCUUCCAUGUUCACGAGAAAUUCUUAUCCUUCAAUUAUAUUCACAGAAGAAUCCAGAAGAUGUUGGCUAAAACUGGAGGGAUUAGGGUUGGUGACAUCGAUAAUGGCUACUUCCAAGCAACCUUUGACUCCCAACUCGAUCAUGACCAGGCUCUCUAUGGAGGACCAUGGACGAUUGAGGAACAUUACAUUGCAGCUGAACCCUGGAGAAUUGACUUUCAUCCGAACUUCGACACCAUUGAUAGAGCUUUGGUCUGCGUUAGGUUGCCUCGUCUCCCUUUAGCCUAUUUCGAUGAAGAGAUACUAAAAGAUAUUGGAGAUAAGCUAGGGAGAGUUGAGAAGAUUGAUUCUAACACGGCGAACGGCUUCAGAGGUAGCUACGCCCACAUCUACGUGGAGAUUGAUCUCAGGAAGAGACUCAUCUCUAAUUACAGGAUUAAGAGACGGGUUAGAAGAAUGGAAUACGAAGAAUUACACACCGUUUUCUUUCUGUGUGGCCAUUAUGGCCACCUCGAGGAGAACUUCACCCUUGGCUUGACUUCAAGCCAAUUGACAUGGGAGGAAAAGCCAAAAACUAAACAGGAAAGCAGAAUGGAGAUUUUGGAGGAUUUUGGCCCCUGGAUGUUGGCUACACGACCUAAAAGGAAGACACAUCAACGAAAAGUGCAGAAGGAAGGAGUUGAAGAGAAUAGCAAGGGAAGUUUGGGGGCAUGUCUACGGAGUUGGGGUCAAGGUUUGAAGCUCUUGUCUUGGAGGAUACCUUUGACAAUGACAAAGAAGAGAGGAUUGAAGAGGAAGCUCACAUGGAGAUGGUGCUUGAUGAAUCAGGGGAGAUGAUGAAAAAAGUUUAAGCAAUUCCAGAAAAGAAUCCUCAAGAAACUACAAAGGAGGGGGGAAAGAAAGGAAAGAAACAAGCAGAAAGUAAACAACCAAAGUGUCAAAAGGAGAAUCUUCUGAUGCCUAACCAAAUGAAUAAGAAAGAUCCCCAGAAACCGCCAUCUGCAAGCUCUAAGCAAGCCAAACUAAAUGAAUCCAAAGGGAAGACCACUUCUGCCUCGACAAAAAACACUUCUACUUCCAACCCUCUUACUAAGGGCCCUGCACUUAAGCAAGGGGGUCUUUGUAGGCCCCAAGGAGGUAGCAGCUCGUUUCUCAGCUCACCGAAGCCUUCCAAACAACUGAAGGAAGGUGGUGUUGAUGGGAAGAAGAAAGCUAUACAAUCUUCAUUUCCCAAGGCAGGUUCCAACCCUGGUACCAACCCCUCGGUUAAAGAGAAACCCUCCUGAUUUAUUGGAUCCAAAGGAGUUGGAUUUUGAACCUUGUUUGAGGAGGGGAAGUCUGAGCCAGGAAGUGCUCAUUUGCUCACAUUUGAGACUGAUCCAGCCAAUGGAGCAUUCACGGAUGAGACAACGAUGGCCUUCGAUGCUAUUUGAAGAACUUGACCUUAGGGUCUGUUUGGGACUACUUUUCUACCAUGAUUAGUGUCUUCUCUUGGAACUGCAUGGGUUCAAAACACCCUAAUUUCCAUUCGACUUUUGAGUUUUACAAAGUGGAACAUUCACCUAAGGUGAUCUGUAUAUUGGAGCCUCGUAUCAGUGGCAAGAAGGCCGAGGAGGUGAUUAACUCCCUUGGUUUCGAUUCGUAUGAUGUCUCUGACGCAGUGGGAUUCAAAAGUUGUAUUUGGGUGCUUUGGGAUAGCAACUCUAUCCAGCUGCACCUCCAGGAUAAGAGCAACCAAUUCAUUCAUAUGUUCGUUUCUAGUGUUGGUAGAGAGAUUGGGUAUAUUACUGCAGUCUACGCCAGCCCGAAUGACCACAAGAGAAGUGGCCUUUGGAACUCAAUCAGAAGUAUUGCUAGAAGUAUGGAUAAGCCAUGGAUGCUCCUUGGCAAUUUCAACUCAAUCACUUGCCACCUCAGAGAAGCAAGGUGGAUGAUGACUCGGUAUUUGCACAUGUUUUCCCCUUUGUUUCUUGAUUGUUUGAGCUUGAAUUAUCGUGUCUUUGGCCUAUUUUACGCUAGGUUGUGUUCCUUUAUCACAUUUCAGGUCCUAGCACAUAAAGUGAAGCAUAGGCG